CGUGGGGGGUGUCUCCUGUCCGCGGCCAUGGCGCCUUUGGGAUACCCGCACUUGCUCCUCCGCGUCUCGGCCCAGGCCGCUUUCGGGGGUGGUUGCGGAUGCCGGCACCUACCGAGGGCUACGCGCCGGCUCCACCUGACGGCUCCCAGGAGCGAAGCGGUUGUCAUUUCUGGGCAGAAGCUGGCCCGGCAGAUCAGGCAAGAAGCCUGCCACGAAGUGGAGCAGUGGGUUGCCGCGGGCCACAAAAGGCCCCACCUCAGCGUGGUUCUAGUGGGGGAGAAUCCAGCCAGCCACUCGUAUGUGCUGAACAAGACCCGAGCAGCAGCUGAUGUGGGAAUUAGUAGCGAAACAAUCCUGAAACCAUCCUCUGUCACAGAAGAGGAGCUGCUUGAUUUAAUUGUCAGACUCAACCAUGAUGCAAAUGUUGAUGGCCUGCUUGUGCAGCUUCCUUUACCAGAGCAUAUUGAUGAGCGGAAGAUCUGCAAUGCCGUGAACCCUGAGAAGGAUGUAGAUGGCUUCCAUGUGGUGAAUGUAGGCCGCAUGUGCUUGGACCAAUAUUCCAUGCUGCCUGCCACACCUUGGGGCGUGUGGGAGAUAAUCAAGAGAACAGGGAUCCCAACCCUGGGCAAGAACGUUGUGGUGGCCGGGCGGUCAAAGAACGUUGGCAUGCCCAUCGCAAUGCUUCUCCACACGGACGGACGACAUGAGCGCCCAGGAGGUGAUGCAACGGUAACAAUUUCUCACCGCUACACUCCAAAAGAGCAGCUCAAACAGCAUACAAUACUUGCUGACAUUGUGGUUGCAGCCGCAGGCAUUCCCAAUCUGAUUACAGCUGAUAUGAUCAAAGAAGGAGCUGCUGUAAUUGAUGUCGGCAUAAACAGAAUCCAGGAUCCUGUUACUGCCAAGCCAAAACUUGUUGGAGAUGUGGAUUUUGAAGGAGUCAAGCAGAAAGCCAGUUACAUUACACCAGUCCCUGGUGGGGUCGGCCCCAUGACUGUGGCUAUGCUCAUGAAAAACACCAUCAUUGCUGCCAAGAAAAUGCUGAGACCCCAGCAUCUUGAAGCCUUCAGUGCUUGAUGAUGGACUUCUUGUGGUGACAUUCCAGAUUGCCUCCCAACAAUAGGCUGGAAGCAAUGCAAUAUUUAUUUAUUUGACGAAAUGUAUUGGCAAGCUGCUCUGCAAAGCAGUUUUCCUCCAAAGCAGAGUGGCUCCUGCCGUUUGUAUGUAUGAUUCCUACCAUUUAUGCUGCCAUUCUGAAAUGCAGGAGAUGAGGACACAAUUUUAAUGGUGAAGUUGAAUCCUUACUCUUUAAAGUGCAGCCAGAAAGAAUAACAAAGGGCCAAAAAUAUGUCUUCAUAGUAGAGAUGUUUUAGUGUAUACUUGAUGUUAACUGGCUAACCUCGGCUGAACCCAGGAUAUAAAUUAUUUGUUAGGAUUAUAGUGUAGCUAGUCCGGAGUCAAAUGUUACUAUUCUUUUCUAAGAAGCCAUAUUUAUAUUUAAUAAUGCCUAGCAAAGCAAUUGGUAGCUUGUUCAAUACUCAGAUUUUUCCUGUUUUAAAGGAAACAUUGGCUUGAAACUAGACGGUACUUAGACAAAAUAAGGUGAGCUCCUCCAUGCUUAUUCCAACUUGCUUUGUGUUUACCGGGGCAAGUAGUAAUAUUGCAGGAUGUAUCUGAAUAAAAAUAAUUGCUAUCUGCUUGUAAA